AUGAUCAUUUACGAACGAAAUGCCGGUCUAGCAUCGAAUCUUUCCUUCACAUUUGAUUUCGGGAACACUUUCCCGAGUUCCGAUUGUCAUACAAUCGAAUUGAAUCAAACAGAAGACUAUCUUCUACUCCUCGGCAAUCAUGAACUUCAAUUUAUUAAUUUUGACUUGUUUCUCACACCGCCUGUCAAUACGAUCACAGAUGAAAAUUCUAUUAUCAUUCCAUGUGCAUCCGAAACAACAUUCGUACCAUUAUUUGAUCACCAUAAUAUUAACCGACCGAUUGUUCGAUGGAAUUCUCAGAAUUCCAAGCAAUUUGCAUUAGCCAUCGACCGCCUGGUUCGAUUUUAUAGCAUCGAUUACGGACGUAUACAAGAAACAAACUCAAUUGUCGAUACUCAACAUCAGCGUCCAAUUUCGACAAUUUCCUACAAUCCAAAUGAUCCAAAUUGUUUCCUAACAGGAGCACUAGAUGGUCAUGUACAAAUCUGGGAUAUUCGACAUUGCUCAUGGAAAACACCAGCAAAUUUAAAAUUAACAUUAUCAACACCGUUUAGUAUUCGACAAAUACAAUGGGCAGGAGAAAAAUCCAACAGUUCUAAUUAUUUAGCUAUUCAAUGCGACCGUUGUAUACGAAUCUAUGAUAUGCGUCGAACGGAUACAUACUUAAGCUCAAUUGAACAUUCUCAACGUAUCAUCAACAUGGAUUGGACAAUUCAAAAUCAUUCAUUAGUCACACUGUCCAAAGAUAAUUCAUUGAGAAUCUUUUCUACUAGCGGACAACUACUAGCCGAAUCGAUACCUAAUGAACAAUUACCGUUCUCACUGAACAAAGUACAAACAACAGAAUAUGAUAGUUUAUUUAUUUGCUCAUCACAAGAUUCAAUUUCUUCAACUUAUGGUUUCACAAGUUGGCGUUGGGACGAAGAUCAUUAUGUACGUCCAUUAACAGAUCAGAUCGUGUCGACAUGUCCAUUGAACAUCACUGAUUUUCGUUUUGUAACACAUUCGAGAUUUUUCAAUUUAUAUAAUUUAUCUUUUCCAUCUCGUUCAACCGAUGAUUUGACAAAGCAUUUUCCUAUAUUAACUUGGUGCCGCGAUGAUCGUCUACGUUUAGUCGAUAUGGACGCAACAUUUCGACAAACCUGGCAAAACUAUAUUCGACUAUCGAAAAAAGCUCUGUCCGAUUCAACAUCGAUGAAUUCAUCACGACAACAAUACCAUCGAACGAAUUCGACUAAAUUAAUCAUGAGUGCGAUCGAAGAUGAAAUAACUGAUCUAGAUGAAAGUGAUCGAGAUGAAUCGACGUAUCCCGAAUUGUUAUCACCAUUACCACCUGUCAACGGCAACGAAUCAUCGGAAACUGGCGAUGAAAGCGAUAUCUCAUUCACUUCUGAACAUCUGAAUAAAGACGUAUCAAUUGCCAAUGAAUUUAGCGCAUUACAAGCUACUUAUGGCCCAUAUAUUACCAUGGAAACGAAAGAUGAACAACAUCGAAUGUGCAUUCUUCGUUGUACUUAUCCUUUUGAGAGAUCAGAAUCAUUUCGGAUAAGUCUAUUCCUUUCGCGUCAUUAUCCUAUUAUAUCUCAAUUAUAUGUACGUUUUAAAUUCAUCGAAGUUCGUCAGAAUGAUGAACGAUGGAAAAAUUUUCAAACAUCGAUUCAAACACUCUUGGAUGAAACGUCAUAUCAGUGUUUUUAUCAUGGACAAUUGUGUCUUCCGAUAUGUUUGCUCAAACUACAACAUUUGUUCCAUCUGACCUAUAAAAGAGAGAAACGUGCGUCGAUGAUCAUAACAGGAAAACCAAAAUCCAAACAAUGUGACCAAAGAAUGGACCGGUCAGAUCAAGAUUCUCUAGCUAAUCUCAACCAUAACAAUCAUCGGAAAGCUUCUCAUCGAAUACAUGACCUCCUAGCAUCAUCACCAAUACGUCUGAAUGAAAUUCAAUCAUACAAUGGUCCGCCUAUACGUUCGAACCCACGGACGUGUGGUGCUCGAUUUUCUGGUGGAGUACAUUUAAUAUGUUUUGGUCGGACGUGCAACAAUGUUCAACAAUCACCAACAUCUGCACCGCCGAUUAUGAGUAAUUUAAAUGAUGGAAUACUAACACGGCCAUCGCCAUUUCAUAUGCGAUCGAUCAGUAUGACAGCAUCUAAAAGUCGAGGAAAUUCAGGUACAGAUGAUCAACCAUCUAGUUAUCGAUCGUCGGUAGCAACCACAUUGACAAAUACUAUACAAUCUCAAUCGAAUGGUUCCCUAAGUCAACGAAUGCCAAUGUUUUCAGCACCUAUGCGUUCAUCUUUAGGUUCGAGUCUCGCAAACGAUCAUCCACGUAUUUCAACAUCUCUACAUCGUUCGUUCAAUCAUCAUCUAACUCAAACCAACUCAAUUGUAUCGAUCUACGAUGUUUCAAUACUAUUACCAAUCAGUAAAAAGCUAGCCGAUGAUUACAAGCUCGACUUGACAAAUCUAAUCGAUAUGUGUCAAGCGAAUCAAAAAAUCACAAAACAAAUGGCAAAAUAUGAACUUUCUCACUGUUGGCGUUUACUUGCCGGUCUACUAUCCAUUCAGUCGACAUUACCUGAUGAUCAUAUUUGGUUUCAAACUCCAAUUGCUCAAGGUUUGAUUAAACAUUUGAUCGUUCAUUCUAUUACUCAUGGUGAUAUACAGUCAGCAAGUAUGUUUCUUUUAACAACAUUGCAAACCUCAUUUAUGAAACGAACCAAUCAAAAUGAUCAUCUAUACGAUUCGAUACUCUACUCUUACGCAAGUUUGCUCCAUCGUUGGAAACAUUUCUACAAACGCGCACAAAUCUUGCAGAGAACUGAUCAUAACUGUCAAUCACCGACAGUAAUCAACCAAGUUUCUACAAGUAUCAUCUGUUCUAUUUGUUUACAACCCGUAUUGGGUCAGCACUUUCUAUGUGCGAUAUGUGCACAUGGCGGACAUCUGAUUCAUAUGCACGAUUGGUUUUCAUCAACCGAAAUGAAACAUCGAUACUGUCCAGAAAAAGAUUGUACAUGUCGGUGCAUCAUUAAACAACAAGAAUUAUUAACCAUUAAUACAGAUCAUAUACAAAAACAUCAGCAUACACCAACGUUGACACCGAAACCAUAUUAUGUCCGCAAUUUGUCAACCAGUAUGAAUCAUUUAUAG